AAACUCGGCUUUUUAUACCCGGCAUCCUUACUGCGCACAUAUGCAUUGUUCCUUUCGCGCUUCGGGAGCGGAAUACGCCGGUCUCACGGGGACUGCUGACAACGGCAAGGUUGCGUUUUCUUGUCCGUAAACUACCGGCGCUGCGAGUAUGGAGACAAUGGGAUUAUGCUGUGCGUGGAUGUUUGUGCUGGGAAUUUACGGAACGGUGCAAGGAUUUCCCUUCGAUGUGCUGCAAUGGUCACGAAGAUCGGACGGAACUGAGGAGGGCCGGCAACAGUGUGAGGUGGGUCAAGCGGUGGAGAGUCUUGACCCUUGCCAGCCGUACUGCGUGUGUGUCGGCCAGAAGAUCGUCUGUGCCCAGAUCGCCUGCGCCGCACCCGACCCCACCGAGGAUGUGGAAAACGUGUCGGAAUGCUGGAAACUGAAGAACCCCCAGCGCUGUUGUCCGGAUUAUGUCUGUCGUUUUAGCAAUGGAUCGGCAACGAUCAUCUACCCGACACCGACAGUCAACACUCCCGAUAAUCUCUACGCACUCGUUUGACUCGUUCAACUGAUGGAAGCCAUUGUGCAACACAAAAUUGCCAGUCUCCUUAACAAUUAUUUUUGAAAUCCUUGCUGCGACAAACGUGUCCAGUACUCACUGUAUAAGUAUCGUUAAAUCAAACAACGAGGAAUAUUUGUGAUACGUAAUUAUACAGCCCUUUCCGCAUUGCACGAACAAAUCAGUUGUAUUCCCGCAUAUCGACGGUGAUUCACUCUACUAAGUACGAUUAUCACAUUAUUUAUUUACUUAUGAAAAUGCGCUAAGUUUGCGUUGGAGAAAACUAGCCGCAUCGUUGUUUUUAGGCAAUAAAUAUGCAAAUAAAA